ACCAGCUCAAGGAUACAAGUAACCGUGUGAGUGAAGCGGUCGCCGCAGGAACUGCAUUUCCGGGUGAAUCCACAAGCGCUGCGCUUAGCCCUCGCGUCGGGUUUCUUCGCGCUUUUGUGUCGAUACCGGAGUAUGGCAACAAUUGUCGUUAUGUUCCAAUGAGAUUGAUGUAGGUUAGUGAUUUUUGCAGAAUGGCAAAUCCCGCCCCGGAUCGGCUUGGUGGAUUUACGCCGCGGCGAUCCUGGGUGCUAACAUUCGUAGCCUUCUUGCUUUUGUUAGAAACGAUCAGCGCACAAAAUUUUUCUGCUAGAGGAUUCGGCAGUCCUGUGGUGUGUUCUGGAUGUGUGGGAUCAAAUUGUCUAUGCGUUGGCGAAAGAGGUGACAGAGGACCACCUGGCCGGCCAGGUCCUCAAGGAGUCGAUGGAACACCAGGAUUCCCUGGACCUGAAGGUCUGGUGGGCGAAAAAGGUGAAAAAGGAGAACUAGGCGUACCAGGACCAAGAGGGCCAAAGGGAGAUCGAGGUAAAAUGGGAAUGCCAGGUUAUCCUGGAUUGAAUGGAGUACCGGGACAUCCAGGUGAUCAAGGUCCUCGAGGCGAACCUGGACUUGAUGGAUGCAAAGGAGAAGAUGGCUUUCCAGGAAGACCAGGCGUAGAUGGUGGUCCGGGUCCACCUGGUUAUGAAGGUACACCAGGACCGAAAGGAGACAAAGGAGAACCAUCGUAUGGACAAUCUGGAUCUAAAGGUCAAAAGGGUGAACCCGGCAGAGAUGGAAGACCAGGACCUCGAGGCUUGCCUGGAUUGGAUGGAAGACCUGGACCUAAAGGCGAAAUAGGACCGGACGGAUUUCGAGGCCCAAAAGGAGAUCGAGGGUUCCCUGGUCCCAAGGGCAACAUGGGAGUUGGAUUUCAAGGCUUGAAAGGUGACAUAGGUCCCAAAGGCUUUACCGGAGCUCCUGGACUUCCUGGACAAUGCGACGAAUUCACUGAAAAAGGAACAACAGUUGGGCCUCCUGGGCCGCCAGGACAGAAAGGGAAUAAGGGUGAGCCAGGAGAACGAGGUGAAAGAGGAUUUGAUGGAAUACCAGGCGUAGCUGGUCCACCUGGUGAUGUUGGAAUAACUGGUGAAAAGGGGUUACCAGGUCAUCCGGGACCUAGGGGCAACGACGGCCUACCAGGUCCAUCUGGCGAGCCUGGAUAUAAGGGAGAUGCGGGAGAAGAAGGUCUUCCCGGUAUUGAUGGUUUACCUGGUGUAAAGGGGGAAGCUGGAUUACCAGGUUCACCUGGUCCUAGAGGUUUUGCAGGGCCACCAGGAUCACCUGGUGGUAUAGAAGGGAGAGCUGGAUUACCGGGCCCACCAGGACCCAAGGGUUUAGUAGGGCCACCAGGGUUCCCUGGUUCGGAUGGUUUACCAGGUAGCAUUGGUCCCAGAGGUUUCCCCGGUACACCUGGGGAAUCAGGAAGUCCAGGUCUUCCUGGCAGAGAAGGACCUCCUGGUCCGAAGGGCGAUAAAGGUGACAUCGGAGUUCCUGGCUUUCCUGGAGGUGCCGGAUUGUCAGGACUUCCCGGAAUGCCUGGAAGCAAGGGAGAACCUGGAGAGAAAGGAACUCCUGGAAUCCCCAUUGCCGGACCGGACGGUUUAGACGGAAGCCCUGGAUUGGAUGGCCUUCCUGGAGAGAAAGGCGAUAGAGGAUUGAAAGGAGAUAGAGGCACUCCUGGUGACAGCUUAGAUGGUAUACCAGGUCCACCAGGCGUACCAGGUUUUCCAGGCGACAAAGGCUUUCCAGGAGCACCAGGUCGUUCUGGUGAAACUGGACUACCAGGUCCUAAAGGUGAUUCCGGUGGAAGUUGCUCGCAGUGCUACGCUGGUGCUAAAGGAGAAAAAGGAGAAAGAGGGUUCGAUGGAGUUCCAGGACCGCAAGGAGAGCGAGGACCCCCAGGAACAUCAGGGUUACCAGGUGACAAUGGGGACGACGGCUUACCGGGAUUCUCUGGUCCACCAGGGAAGGAAGGAGUUCCUGGAAUCCCAGGUCGACCUGGAGAAAAAGGAGAUAAAGGUCGUGAUGCUUAUGUAAGACAAGAACUGGUUGUUGGAAUACCAGGAGAUAAAGGAGACAGAGGUCUAUCAGGGUUACCUGGUGCACCAGGACUGCCAGGACCAAAGGGAGCUGAUGGAUAUCCAGGACCUCAUGGACCACCAGGGCCGAAAGGCGAAAAGGGAGUGAUAGGCUUGCCGGGAAUGCCUGGAAAUCCAGGACUUCCUGGACCUUCAGGUCUUAGAGGACCAAAAGGAGAUAGAGGCUAUGGACCACCAGGCACUCCGGGUGAGAGAGGUGAUCAGGGACAAGAAGGGUCACCAGGAAGACCAGGGCUUCAAGGACCUAAAGGCGAACCAGCUCCUGAUCCUCCUCCAACUUGGAUACAACUGAAACCAGGACCACCAGGUCCUCCUGGACCAAUUGGGGAACCAGGUCUUGACGGUCUGGAUGGUUUACCGGGAGAAGCUGGAAGGGAUGGAAGACCAGGCUUUGAUGGGCCCAAAGGAGAACGGGGAUUUGACGGCCAACCUGGAAUACCGGGAGCUAGAGGAUUACCUGGUCCGAGGGGAGAAAAGGGAAAUCCAGGACCGCCCGGAUUUCCUGGAGAUCCAGGACGAGUUGGACUUCCCGGUGUACCAGGAUUUCCUGGUCCCAAAGGUGACAAAGGUGACAGAGGACUUCCAGGAGAGGGCAGAAGAGGUUCACCAGGACUUCCUGGACUUCCAGGAGCAAAAGGCGAACCCGGCGUAGAAGGUCUUCCUGGACUUCCUGGUGAAAAAGGUUUCCCUGGAUAUCCAGGCGAGAAGGGAGACAGAGGUAUCCCAGGAAUUCCAGGAUAUUCUGGACCUAAAGGUGACAAAGGUGAAUCAUUACUUGGAGGCUUACCCGGACCAAGAGGACCUCCCGGAACACCCGGAUUUGAUGGUCAAAAAGGAGAUAAAGGCGCCCCAGGUGAAUCAGGCCCACCAGGACCCUUUGGACGUCCUGGACCAAAAGGUACUCCUGGAUUUCCAGGACCACCAGGCCGUCCAGGAUUCGCCGGAGCACCAGGUUUACCAGGCAAAGCAGGAAAAGAUGGCAAAGAAGGUUUCCCAGGAUUACCAGGUGAAAAAGGUGAACGUGGAAUAUCUGGUCCGCCUGGAUCGCCAGGACGAGAUGGAUUAGAUGGUUUACCUGGACCUCCAGGUCUAAAAGGAGACAAAGGAUUUGGUGGUUCUCCUGGGCAGGAUGGUCUGCAAGGAACAGAAGGUGAAAAGGGUUUAAGAGGUCUUCCAGGGUUUCCUGGACCAAAAGGAGAGCCUGGUGGCAUUGCUGCAAAAGGAGAUAAAGGAGAACCAGGGCUGCCAGGAGUUAGAGGACCACCAGGACCUCCUGGGACACCAGGCUUUGAUGGCUUACCGGGGCCGAAAGGCAAUGAUGGUGUUCCAGGAGUAGGACUUCCAGGACCACCAGGCCCGCCAGGUGAAAGAGGACCAGAAGGUGCUCCAGGUCUACCAGGGUUACCAGGUGUAAAAGGAUCGGAAGGUUUACCAGGAUUCGCUGGAUUAAAAGGAAACAGAGGCUUAGAUGGAUUACCUGGACCUCCUGGACAGGCAGGUUUCGAUGGACCCCCAGGACUGCCUGGUUUCAAAGGCGAGCCAGGAUUUCCUGGGUUCCCAGGACAGAAAGGAGAUAUAGGAAGUGUAGGGUUACCUGGAUUACCAGGUUUGAAAGGAGAUGCUGGCUUGCAAGGAUCAGUGGGACCACCUGGAUUACCUGGUUUACCAGGUGAUAAAGGAAAUGCAGGCUUACCCGGACCACCCGGCUUGAGAGCUCCUCCUGGUGACAAAGGGGAACCAGGAUUUCCAGGUGCUCGUGGACUUCCAGGAGAAAAAGGAGAUAGAGGAAUCGAUGGACUGCCCGGCAUUCCAGGCCUGAAAGGUGAUCGUGGAUUCCCAGGACAAGAUGGAUUUCCUGGAGUUCCAGGGCAGAAAGGAUUCCCAGGUAUCCCAGGUUUACCUGGAUCCCGUGGUGCUCCUGGCAUUCCUGGAUUUGGGCAGAAAGGUGAUAAAGGUUUCCCAGGACGACCAGGAUUAGAAGGAUUACCUGGAGUUCCCGGACCAAAAGGAAACGAAGGGCUCCCAGGCCUGCCAGGAGAACCUGGAUUUGCAGGCAAGCCAGGACUACCCGGUUUACCAGGAGAAAAGGGAAAUACAGGUUUCCCUGGAGUACCGGGACCAAGAGGACUGGAUGGAAUCCCAGGACCCAAAGGUGACAGUGGACUAUCAGGAUUCCCAGGUCUAAAAGGAGAAGUAGGAUACCCUGGAGUUCCUGGACCACCAGGCCCAAUAGGAGAUCAAGGACUGCCAGGACGUGACGGACUUCCUGGACCUCCAGGUGUGAAAGGUGAAAGAGGCGAUGCCGGACUGCCCGGAUUACCAGGUUUCACUGGUCCAAAAGGCGAUCGAGGAUUGGACGGUAUACCAGGAAGAGAAGGCCCACGAGGUCCUCCUGGUUCAUUAGGUCAGAAGGGAGAGAAAGCAACUGUACCACCACGCAACUUGCUUCUGGGUGAAAAGGGAGAUAUCGGAUUACCUGGACUCUCAGGGGAACCAGGGUUCCCAGGACCAAAAGGAUUUCCAGGAGGCCCAGGCUUCCCAGGUCUGAAAGGCAACCCAGGACAGCCAGGCACAUCAGGACUUCCAGGAUUGCCAGGACCUAAUGGACCGAAAGGCGAGAGAGGACCCGAUGGACUUCCAGGUCCUCCAGGUGCGCCAGGAGUUCGAGGAGAACCUGGACCUAGAGGCUUAGACGGAAGACCAGGAGGAGAAAAAUUGAUGGGUAUGCUGGUAGUGAGGCACAGUCAGUCGUACAACAUUCCACAAUGUCCCAGAGGAAUGAAGAAGAUGUGGGACGGUUACAGUUUGUUGUACAUAGAAGGAAAUGAGAAGUCACAUAAUCAAGAUCUAGGCUUUGCCGGGUCGUGCAUGCAGCGAUUUAGCACAAUGCCGUUCCUCUUCUGCGACUUCAACAGCGUCUGCAACUACGCCAGUCGAAACGACAAAUCCUACUGGCUUUCGACUAAUGCUCCACUCCCAAUGAUGCCAGUGGGUGACAGUGUCAUCCAAGAGUAUAUUAGUCGAUGCGUUGUCUGUGAGACGCCUGCUAAUGUCAUUGCUGUCCACAGCCAGUCUCUGUCCAUCCCACAGUGCCCGAGAGGCUGGAACUCCUUAUGGAUCGGCUACAGUUUCGCCAUGCACACUGCUGCUGGCGCUGAAGGAGGCGGACAAUCUUUGUCUAGUCCUGGAAGCUGCUUGGAGGACUUCCGUGCCACGCCAUUCAUCGAGUGCAACGGUGCAAGAGGAACGUGCCAUUACUUCGCCAAUAAGUUCAGUUUCUGGCUGACAACUAUCGAUGAUGAAGAACAAUUCGAACGACCGGCCAGUGUGACUCUGAAAGCUAACGACUUGAGAUCUAAAGUCAGCCGUUGCAAUGUGUGCGUAAAAAGCACUACUGUAACGUGAUCAAGUACAGACUGGCGUGCCAGAAUGUUGGAUCUUACCAGAAAGAGACUGGCUAAUUAAAGCUGUUUAGGACAAAAUUAAUUGAAAAGAUAUUAGAGACAAUUCUCAGGUUUCCACGUAUGUUGAUUUCACUGCAAAUAUGCUGCCAUUUUGCGAGUGAUUAAUAGAAAUACGAAAACUGAGACUUGUAGAAAGUAAUUUCUGUGCGAAAUGAUAAUACAUUUUAUAUAUUUGUAUUGAAUUUGGUGCUAUUAAGAAUAUCUACAGGGGAAAUUUAUUACAGACAUUUUCUUCGGUAAGACUAACAUUUUGCGAUUUUUUUUAACUGCCAGCAGAGGUCAGAGCCCUCCUUCCGCCAAAAGAUACUCUAGACAGUGACCUCAUAGAAAGCACGUGCCUCUGCUUUAUUUGUGACUGCUAGAAUAUCUUUAAUGUAUGGUUGUUGUAAGUAAAUAAUUGUUCUUUACUCUUAUUACUGCCAUUAAUUUUUUUCUAUUUUUCUAGUCGCGUGUAUAACUAAGCCUGUGCAAAUAAUUCAUUAAGGUAUUUUCGCAGCUUCAAGGCAUUACGUCAUUUUUCAUUGAAAUAUUAUUUAUAUUCUAAUAAAGAAAGAAUAAAAUGAAUCUUUUAUUUAUAUCUUAUUUAAAGUAAUGGAUCCGUAUUUUUAUAAUAAACAUUCUCUUUUUAAUUUAAUAUAUAAAGGAUUAAGACGCUUUUGUAAGUCCUGCAUUUAAUGUUUAUUUUAGGAAAAUAAAUUCAACAGCUCUGACACUGCCUUUUGUGUUUUAUAUUGUUGCUGUUAUUUAUGUUCUAGUCACAUUAAGACUAGAAAUUUCAUACUUUGUCAAAGUACUUAAAUGUUGUGUCAUUUUAACGAUUCUUCAUUUUUCAAAUGAGAAUUGCUUCUCUUUAAAAAGUAAAGACACUAACUACCUGCUGUUGUUUAAAAUUCACUGCUGAAAAUGUAAUCAUUUUUCUGUAAAUCAUGUGCUUUGACAAUCUAUUUUUGUAUUUUAGAAAAUUUGAAAACGCAAUAAACAGUUAUUUUAA